AUAACCUGGCGGUGAAGUUGGAGACCUACCUGGGUCUGAUCGAGACCAUCACGGGGUUCCUGAAGAUCAAACAUUCCUUCGCCCUGGUCUCCCUCUCCUUCCUCACCAACCUCAAACUCAUCCGAGGGGACUCCAUGGUCGAUGGGAACUACACCAUGUACGUCUUGGACAAUCCCAACCUGCAGCAGCUGUGGAACUGGAACCAGCACCAGCUGGCAAUCCCACUGGGCCGAAUGUACUUCGCCUUCAACCCCAAGCUCUGUCUCUCCGAGAUCUACAGGAUGGAGGAGGUCACCGGGACGAAGGGCAGGCAAAGCAAGGCAGAGAUUAACCCCCGCACCAAUGGAGACAGGGUCUCCUGUAAGAGCCAUGUACUGCGGUUUAUUUCCAACACCACCUACACCGACCGCAUCCUACUGCGAUGGGAGCGCUAUGAACCUCAGGAUUAUCGGGACCUGCUCAGCUUCAUCGUCUAUUACAAGGACGCGUGA